AUGUGCUGGACGUAUUACUCUGACGGGAACAGAUGCAUGACUUUUGAUGGACAAGUCGCCAGCAUUCUGCCAGCAAGAAGUAACUUCCGCCAUAACUGGGCUGUCAUGUGCUCAAAAGAUGGAGCUCUUUACGGUGGUGGAGGAACGAAAGAAAGUGGCGUUGCCAAUAAACUGGAAAUUUAUCGAGACGGGCAAUGGCGAUAUUCUUCCGACUGGGACUAUCCGGGAAAUUCACUUACUAAUGCGAAUUGCGUGACUGUUCCUGAAGGUGUUUUGUUUUUCAACUUUGAUCGAAGCAGCUAUUUGUUCAAUACAGAAAGAGAAACCUGGAAAUUCGUCGGCAACGCUUACGUUGCUGAGUCGACUCUUCGAUACGUGAAGGGAGAAAUCUGGUCUUUUCAGGGUUUUUACAGCAAUUAUAACGUGAAAAUUAAUUGGAACGGCAUUGCAGUCGAAGAAGGGGAAAAAGUUAUUCUACCGAAUAUGUACAAAAUAAGCUUCCCAAUUGUUAUAGACCAAGAUGAAUACAAUCUGAUAUGCUAA